AGCAGCACCCCCACGGGUUCCUUUAAGAGGCGGCGCCAGAGCCGGCGGCGCGGUGCAUUAUGGGACAGUGGAGGGGAGCUGAGGCCUAGUUGGUAAACACGGAGCCGGGGCCUGUCUUGCGUCGUCUGCGCUCUCCGGAAGGAAAAAGACAAUGGCAUCUGGGACUGUUGAAAUAAUUAACUCUACCCCUGCGGGAGGGUCGAAUGAUGUAAGCUUGGAGGAACCAAAGAAGAUGACAAGAGAAGACUGGAGGAAAAAGAAGGAACUAGAAGAACAGAGAAAGUUGGGUAAUGCUCCAGCUGAAGUGGAUGAGGAAGGAAAAGAUAUCAACCCUCAUAUUCCUCAGUACAUCUCUUCAGUGCCAUGGUACAUAGAUCCUUCAAAAAGACCUACAUUAAAGCACCAGAGACCUCAGCCAGAGAAGCAGAAAGAGUUUACCUCCUCUGUGGAAUGGUACAAACGAGGUGUUCAAGAGAAUGCUGUUGCAACUAAGUACCGCAAAGGAGCCUGUGAGAACUGUGGUGCAAUGACACAUACAAAGAAAGACUGCCUGGAGAGACCUAGGAAAGUUGGAGCAAAAUUCACAGGCCUUAAUAUUGCACCAGAUGAACAUAUGCAGCCUACGCUAAUGUUUGAUUACGAUGGGAAGAGAGAUCGUUGGAAUGGUUAUAACCCGGAAGAGCACAUGAAGAUUGUAGAAGAAUAUUCCAAAGUUGACUUGGCUAAACGUACUCUGAAAGCCCAGAAGUUGCAGGAAGAGUUGGCUUCAGGAAAACUGAUGGAGCAGGUGAACUCCCCAAGACACCACUGGGAAGAGGAGGAAUCAAAUUCACAGACCGAAAGAGAUCAUAACAGUGAAGGUGAGGAUGAAGAUAAAUAUGCAGAUGAUAUUGACAUGCCUGGACAGAACUUUGACUCCAAAAGACGUAUUACAGUCCGAAACUUGCGUAUUCGGGAAGACAUUGCUAAAUACUUGAGGAAUCUAGAUCCAAAUUCUGCCUACUAUGAUCCCAAAACGAGAGCAAUGAGGGAGAACCCAUAUGCCAAUGCAGGCAAGAAUCCAGAUGAAGUUGGUUAUGCAGGUGACAACUUUGUUCGUUACACUGGUGAUACCAUUUCAAUGGCACAAACUCAGUUGUUUGCUUGGGAGGCUUAUGACAAAGGCUCCGAAGUUCAUCUUCAAGCAGACCCUACAAAACUGGAACUCCUGUACAAAUCCUUCAAGGUGAAAAAAGAAGAUUUUAAGGAACAGCAGAAAGAAAGCAUCCUAGAGAAGUAUGGAGGACAAGAACAUCUAGAUGCUCCACCAGCUGAACUGCUGUUAGCCCAGACAGAAGACUAUGUGGAGUAUUCUAGGCAUGGAACAGUCAUCAAAGGACAAGAAAAAGCUAUUGUCCGUUCUAAGUAUGAAGAGGAUGUAACUAUCAACAACCACACAUGUAUAUGGGGUUCAUAUUGGAAGGAAGGCAGAUGGGGAUAUAAAUGCUGCCACUCAUUUGUCAAGUAUUCCUAUUGUACAGGAGAAGCUGGGAAAGAAAUCGCUAAUACUGCAUUAGACUUACCAGAGGAAAAACCUACAGAGGAAGAGUAUAUGGCAAAAUCCAAAACAUUGAUGGAGAUACAUCAAGAAAAACAGAAAGAUGAGAAAAAGAAGAAAAAGAAGAAGCAAAAGAAGAGUCCAAAUUCAGAUAGUGAGGGUGAAGAGAAAAAGAAACAUGAAAAACUGAAAAAGGCAUUAAAUGCAGAAGAGGCUCGUCUCCUCCAGGUUAAAGAAAUCAUGCAGUUAGAUGAGAGGAAGAGGCCAUAUAACAGCAUGUAUGAAACAAGGGAGCCUACAGAAGAGGAAAUGGAGGCUUAUAGAAUGAAACGCCAAAGACCUGAUGAUCCUAUGGCCUCCUUUCUUGGACAGUAAUUAUGUGAAAGACAUUCCAGCAUACAGUUCUUGGCUAUUGUAUAUGAUACUUGGUAAACCAGUAACUGGAGCUUUUCUUUCCACGUUUCUGUAAAAAAACUGCACAAGUCUGCUUUGCAGAAAUGGCCUGGCUUUUGCCAGGGAAAAGAAGUCUAUGAAUGAAGUUAACGGCUGGUGCUAUAAGCAUAGUAGCGCUUUCCUUUUUUGAAAAGUAUACUUGGUACAGACUUGUAUUACUGAAAGGGUAAGUUGAUACCUUCUAAAAUUCAUCGUAACAAGUAACGGGAGGGAGGAACCUAUAAAUUCAGGAAAACAAACUGCAUCUAAACCAGUUGGCCAGCAGGUGUCACUGUUAUGUAAAAACUGAUGAAUGUAACACAGACUCUGUCUACACUAGGGACCUUACAGUGGCGCAGCUGCGCCACUGUAAGAUCUCCUGUGUAGCCGCUCUCUGCCAGCAGGAGAAAGCUCUACAGAUGGCAUAAACUAAAUCACCCCCAACAAGCAGUGGUAGCUAUGUUGGGGGGAGGCACUUUUGUCAGUGAAACUUCUGUUGGUUGGUGGGGGGGUGGUAUUUUUUUUCACACUCCUGACCGACAAAAGUGCUUAUGUAAACAAAGCCUUAAAAGUGAUAGGGUUGGAUGACUAAGAUCUUAAGACUUCUCUUAUGUGUGGCUUAGUAGGAGGGAAAUAGUCAUUCUUUAUCAUUUUGGUAAUUUUAGGAAUGCAAAAAUGUGUAAAAACUGAUGUGAUUUGAUGGACAGACUUGGUUGAAUGUAAUAUAAAUGUUAAUGCUGUCUGGUAACUGGGAAUAUUUUACUCUUGUCCUGAAGAGGUUGCAAGAAGUUGAUAUGCUACACAGAGCUUUGAAAUUCUUCCUGUGUUUUAGCUAACAGUGUAGCCUUAUGCAUACACCCCGAUAUGCAAUGCUGACAUCCAGUGAGAUAAAUUGCAUUUAUCAUGAAAGUUUGACUGGUUUACUUGCUCUGUCCGUACUCAUACAUGUCCAACAAAAUUCAAUCUCAUAAUCUAAACAUUUGAGCAGUUUAAACAGCCAACAUUACAAUUAUGUAUUUUAAAAAUAAAAAAUUACCAUAUUUCUUUAACCCUUUGCUCCUACCAAAACUCCAUCUUGCAAUAUUAAGUGACAAGUUUAAGGUCCAAUAUCUUAUGGUAUCUUAGUUAAAAACAUGCUGUCUACACCAUUGGAAAGUUGUGAUUCCCAGAUUUCCAAAGAGGCAGAGAUGCAGCUUUUGGUUCUGUCCCUGGAUGGCUGAGAUAUUGGAUAUGACACUUUCAGUAUAAACUUUUAAACAUUUAUAAGAAAUAUUAUAAACUCUCUCUCUCUCCCCCUCAAAAGGCUGUAUGGGUGAAUUAAUAUUAACAGAACCUAGCUUUACAGCUAGAAGGAUUAAGAAAGUAGUCCUAAUAGUGUUUUUAAAACAUGUAAUUUUUUUUCUCUUAAAUAUAUGGGAUAUCAAUUUCUAGUGGUGUGAUAUAGGAAGCUUUAUUAGCUUGUUUGAGUUAUGCAGGUCAUCCCUGAACAGCAAAGUCAUACAGCUGGGAGUCCUCCUCCUAUGCUAAUAUUUUUUCUACCAUAACCAUAUUUUUCUUAUUUUUUUAAAUCUUUUAUAAAUAGAAGCCCAAUUUCAAUGUGGAAAAAAUACUGACAUAACUUUCCUAGUUAUUUGAAAUGGUAUGGUAUCAUUAUCAGUUAAAAUCCAGCAUGUUACAGUAUACAGUUAAGUUGAUUUCUUGUCCCUCCAUUUUGUAUUGCAUUUGUCUUGUCCCUGUUUUUAACGCUCCUGUCUGCUCUGGAGCAUCUUUUACUUUCAGACCAUUCUGACUAAUACAAAAACUUCAAUAAAAAAUAAAAUAAGCUA